AAAUGUUCAGAAAAAUAGUCGGAUAUUUUCUGUUGACUCCAGAACGUUGUAUAUAAAAAAUCAUAAGAUUGUGCAAUUGUGAAGAAAAGUAAUUAAAAAUAGAGUUUCUCUAAGAACAUACUCUCCUUCAACUUUUUCCAACCACUAAAGCAAUACCGAAGAAACAAAAUGAAACUGGAGCUAGUCCUCAUACCAUCAGCUACUCACGGCCACCUCCCGCCAUUAGUUGAGUUUUCUAAGCUCCUCGUCGACGGCCAUGACCAUCUCUCCGUCACCGUCAUCAUCAUCCCUCCCAGGCAAGAACUUCAUACGCCAAGCCUUUCCUCUUACAUCUCUUCUCUCUCCACUACCUCUAGAGACCGGCUACGCUUCAUUAUCCUAUCCCAUGCCGAUAGAUCAACCAAUGCUGACACCGAGCCGUAUUCACUCUCCUACACGGAGAGUUAUAAACCGUCGAUGAAAGCCACGGUAGCUAAACUUACUGACCCGGUCCGACCGGGUUUGAGUAAGCUUGUUGGGUUCGUGGUGGACAUGUUCAGCACGCAAAUGAUCGAUGUUGCCAACGAGUUCGACGUCCCAAGUUACCUGUUCUAUCCUUCCAGUGCAGCGUUUCUUGGCUUGCAGGUUCGUAUGCAAUAUCUUUGCGACGUUGAGAAGUACGACGUGGGCGAGUUGAAAGACUCGGACACUGAGUUGGAAGUCCCGUUCCUGACUCGUCCUUUACCCGCAAAGUGCGUCCCCUCCGUGAUAGUAAACAACGAGUUACCCGUUGUUUUGAGCCACGCCAGAAGAUUCCAAGAAACGAAGGGAAUUUUGAUAGAUACGUUUGCUGAGUUGGAGCCUCAAGCUGUGAAGUUCAUCUCCGGCGGAGAUAGUCCUCUCCCCACGGUGUACGCAGUGGGACCGGUUGGUCUAGGUUCGGUCGACGAUAAGCAAACGGAGAUCCUUAGGUGGCUCGAUGAUCAGCCGCACAGUUCCGUUGUGUUCCUCUGCUUCGGGAGCAUGGGAGGUUUCAGUGAGGAACAAGCUAAGGAGAUAGCAAUCGCGCUUGAACGAAGUGGCUACCGUUUCAUCUGGUGUCUUCGCCGUGCUGCACCAACGGGACCUCCUAGAGAGUUUACAAAUCUUGAGAAGGUUCUUCCUGAGGGGUUCCUAGAACGGACAAAGGAGAUAGGGAAGGUUAUAAGUUGGGCCCCACAGAGGGCCGUCCUGGCGAGUCCUACCAUUGGAGGGUUUGUGUCGCACUGUGGUUGGAACUCGAUACUGGAAAGUGUAUGGUUCGGAGUUCCGGUUGCCACGUGGCCGCUUUAUGCGGAGCAACAGCUGAACGCAUUCGAGAUGGUGGAGGAGAUGGGGCUAGCGGUGGAGAUUAGGAACCAUUUCCAAGGAGAGUAUAUGGCGGCGGAGGAGACAAGAACGGAGUUGAUAACAGCGGAGGAGAUAGAGAGAAAAAUUGUGUGCUUGAUGAAGAAGGAUAGCGACGUGAGAGAUAGAGUGCAGAAGAUGAGUGAGAAGAGUCGCGUGGCGGUAAUGGACGGUGGAUCUUCCCACGAUGCUCUUGUAAAGUUUAUUCAAGACGUCACUGACAAUAUCUAUGGCUAGAGUUGAAUUUUCAAGAUCUUAUUUGGCGACCAUUCUAGUUGUGUAAGUUAUGGCAACCAUGCUAUUUUUCUUAUGUAGUAAUUAUAAAAUUCUGGUGGAAGUGAUUACAACAUUUGGAGAAA